AAUCGAACACCGACUUCAGCGCGGCGAAGUCUUCUGGGUGUUUCCAUGGUGACAUCAGCAGGCUAACCAGAACUGACUGACACGUACUGGUUUGUUAACAAACUGUAGCAGCUCCCCAGGAAAGCUCCCCAACUGCUCUGAACGUACUACCAGGUGACAUCGCUGGAUCAAAACAACCUUUAGAUCCUGCAUACCUGAUCUCAUCAUGAACGUGUUUGACCGCAACAUCAACAUUGAUGCACUCUUCAGGUUCUCCCAAAUCUCUCACUCAACCCAGGUGCACCUAAAGAAUGUGUACUCCAGCUUGGCUGUUUGUAUGUUUGUGGCAGCCGCGGGCUCAUAUGUUCACGUUGUCACACGUCUCUUGCAGGGCGGAUUCCUCUCUGUGCUCGGCUCCCUGGCAAUGAUGUUCUGGCUCGCCAUGACACCUCACAGCCCUGAAACAGAGAAGAAGAGACUGGGAAUCCUCGCUGCAUUUGCCUUCCUCACAGGUGUCGGCCUUGGCCCCACACUGGACUUUGUCAUUGCUAUCAAUCCAAGCAUCAUCGUGACGGCCUUCUUGGGAACCUCAGUGAUUUUCAUCUGCUUCACUCUCAGUGCUCUCUAUGCAAAACGCAGAAGUUACCUGUUCCUGGGAGGCACACUGAUGUCUGGCCUUUCCAUCCUCUUCCUGAUGUCUCUGAUGAACCUCUUCUUCGGAUCUGUCAUGUUGUUCAAGGCCCACUUGUACCUCGGGCUGCUCGUCAUGUGCGGCUUUGUCCUCUUCGACACUCAGCUCAUCAUUGAGAAAGCAGAGAAUGGAGAUAAGGACUACGUGUGGCACUGUGUGGACCUGUUCCUGGAUUUCAUCACAAUCUUCAGAAAACUGAUGAUCAUCUUGGCCAUGAAUGAUAAGGACAAGAAGAAGGAAAAGAAGUAAAAGUGGAUGGAGUAGCAGUAGAAAUAAAAUCAGAAAAGGCACAAUUUGCUAUGCACUUGGUGCUUUUUUACUCUCUCCUUUUCUCAAUCUAAACUCUUAUGUGGUCUUAUGUUUUAAUUUUUAGGGGGGGGGGUUUCUUUGACUUUUUUUUGAAAAAUAACCAGGGUUGAUUGUACAAAUGUGAUACUUUGGUUGGUAGUUCCACCCUGGCUGUGAAUGGAAAAACAACACUGCAGUGAUCCAGCUUGGCCUGUAGAGGGGAGCGUUGCUUAACAAACACCCUGAAGCUGAGCAGCGCUUGAUCAAGUUUCUAUUACUGUUAUUUAGUGCCAUAAAUUAACACGGAUUCAUUUUAAAAGCUCAUUUAAGCUAUGGAAGCUGAAUACAGUUUAAUUUGUUUGAUUGCUUAUUUAUAGUUAUUCCUCAGUUCACUGUAGUGAAAUAUAAGAUUAGUGCUCCAUGAAUUAAAGAAAAAGUCUUAGUUUUUUGUUUAGUUAAAUCAAAUGUCUGUUUUUGUGUUUAGAAAUGUUCAUACAAAAGACGCAACAUUACAUUAAACCCAACUAGAUGGACAUACAGUCUCUGGAUGGACGGGUUUAUGAAUUUAGACAUGUUGGGAGACUGUGCCAUCUGUCCCAUUUUCUUAAUUCUUUCCCAGCUUGUAUAACAGGUCGGUUUUCUGGAACCGGCCUCUUGUAAAACUUCCCUAUAAUCUGCUGUU